UUAGAAGAACGCCACCACCUCCGGGCCACAAUGCGGUGGCUGCUGCUCCUGGUCCUCCUCUUCCUCCUCUCUUUUUCCUUCCUCCUCACCGGGGGCUCAUUUUUCCAGGGAGAAAUCGCAAAUGUGGACACCGGGGAGAUCUGCAUCCAGAGCAAGAAGUGCAAGAGCGGAUGCUGCCGCCGGGAGCCCGAGAACUGCCAGUCAUACUGUGCCCUCAAGGGGUCGGAGGGCAGCGCGUGUCACACGCAGACGUUCUUCGGCCUUUAUAACGAGUGUCCCUGCCUGCCGGACCUGACUUGUGUAUUUCCGAAGAAUGUGAAAUCGUUUAAAAUCAUCUACGGCCGUUGCAGGAAAACUGAAGCAAAGAAGCCAGCUAAGAAAAGUUUCUUUUAAUUCUGCCUCUUCCUUGCAUCCUCCCUCCCCACCCCGACCCCUGCUCCCUUGCCUACACAGAACUGUGUAUGCCUGCCCCUCAGCCCCAGAGCCACCUGCUAGGAGAGGGGCAGGGAGGGAGGGGUGAUGCACCGUCGUUGAAAUAAAGAGCUCUCAAUGUUUGCUGCCCAUGGACCUGGGGCUGGGUGGGCCUGCCAGGCUGCGAUGGGCAUGGGACAGGGCAAGGGCAUGCUAGUGGGGGAUGCGGGGGGUGGGGAAGGUGAGGAGAUGAGGGAGGAAGCGGGAAGGGGUAUUCUUGGGCUCGGAGUCUUUCUCUUGUAAGGGCACGAAUGAAAGUCCCCCAGAGGAGACUUGAGCUCCCCACCCCACCCCAACCCCUUUCGGGCUUCAGCCCACUCCAUAAUCCACCUUUGAAAGCUCAGCUUGCUUCCCCUGACCUUAAAUUUCAGAACUGAAAGUGCACAAAACAAACAUGUGUGUGAAGAAUUGCCAGUGUUUGUUGAGCACUUCCUGGAUGCUGGCGGCAAGGCUAGUGCCUUACGCACAUGAUCUCAUUUAAUCCUAGAGGGGUCGGUACUGUUACCACCCCUAUUUCACAGGCGAGGAGCAGAGGGAUUGAGCAACUAGCUCAAGGUCACACAGCUUGAAAGUGAUGAAUCGGACUCCUCUGGAAGACAGGAAGAGAAGGAAGGGAUGAGAAAGAAAGGAGAGCCAAGGAAAGAUUGAGGAAAUGAAGGAUUGGAGCAUCUUCUGUGCUGGGUGAGGGUGGGCACAGGAUGAGUCAAGAGGAGUUUUAGGAAGUGGUCCUGUGGGUUGUGAGGCUUUAGGAGCCAGAGCCAGCUUGCGGGCUUGUGUGUAGUGCAUUCUCAGCAGAGGGAAGCCUCAAGGUGGCCCUGUUCUAUUCCGUUACAUUUUGGAGAUAACUAUUUCAGAUUUUGGACCUAAGUUCCCAGACUGAGCCACACCCCUGAUUAAGUAAGCCCCUAGAUCCGAGCCACGCGUGCCCUGCAGGAUGUCCAGCUUAUGGUGCAAGAGCUCAGGAGCUGAGAUAUAAGCUGUGGUCGUACUCAGAGCAUUCCCCUGUAAGUCACAGCAAAACUGUGAACUCAUCCUCCGGAGAAGAUGCUGUCCUGUACGAAAUGCAUCGGACGGAUACAUAGUGUUACAUGGACAUCAGACAGAUACAGUCUUACAGUCCGUGGUGUUACAUGAGCUCCCCAGAUGUGGAGAAAGUGUAUAAAACAAGCUUGGAAGGAGAGCCUGAAGCCCUGGAAGCCCAGCCUCCCAGGAGACCCAAUGUAUUAGAAGUUAGAAGGGGUGAGGGGCAAAAAGCUAUGUUGCUGAUAUGAUUAAACUGGUUCCAAGUGUUGGGGAAGAAAAACUUUUCCUCUACCCUCUUUCGUUCAAUAUUUCAGGGUCUGCAAAUUAAACUGACAAAAGACA